UGUGUCGCCUACUCCAUCAUUUGGUCAUGUGUUUUAAUUGGAAAUUCCUUAAUCCAAAUGAAAGAUGCUGUCUACAACAGAGAAACAGCUAUCUUUAUUGUAGUUGUUGUAUCGCCGUUACUGUGUCACGUGGCUUUGAUUGUGUACUGCUUGUACAUUGUGUACAGAUGUGUACACACAAAAACCUAUUACACAAAGAGACAAUUGGGGGACGCCAAACCCCACCAGAUGGCGCACGUGCAGUGGGUGUUACGUAAGUCAAAAGACAAGGCGGUGUUGUGUUAUGGGCCAGGAGAAACGUUCGUAUCACACAUGAGAAAAAGUAAACGACUGCGUCUAUUUACCAGCCUGCCAUUUUUUAAAUACCCCACAAAGAUCUGCGCAAUGGCAUUUUUCCAGUUAUGUGUUAUAUAUCUGAUUACGCUUUACUUAAUUAGGAUUAUAGCGAAUGUGGAUAAAAUGCCUUUGCUAGAUUUGCUGUUCCAAAUAGAGUUCUUUAAAGACCAGGAAACCGUUAUUAAAUCAUCAAUGGCUGUAUCUUUAGUAGUAACAGACAUAAUUACGGUACUACAUAUCUUUAUGACACUUAGGAACUACAGAUACCACACACUAAAACUUUACCAAGGAGAAUUUCACAACUUGCAGCAACCCUAUAACUCCACAACUAAAGCUCUGCAUCAAAACAUGCGUUUUGCUGGCAACCAGCUAGCCUUCAUGCUCUGGGGAAUGGUUAUAUUGUUUAUCAUCUUUUCAUUGGGGACAUUUGCCAUAGCGGAAAUUAUUUACUUGAUAAAUACGAAUGACCUAUGGGCAGAGGCUGCAAAGGAUUUUUUCAUUGCUAUGUGCUUCCCAUUGACAAUGUUGGUGUUGAAUUACAUCCAACUUUUGAUAUGUCGAUGUUUUUUACUGCAAGAGAAAAUCAGUACCACAGACAAACAUCCGCCUCUCAAUGUCAACAACAGAAAAUUUUACGAGCUGUUUCACUACUACAGCCUGUUUUCAAACUUUGGCAUCGGGCUGUUCAGCUGUUUGAAGAGAGUUCUGUGGUCAGCAGCACUGGGCGCCAUGUGUAUGGGGCGUCUAGACCGGAGCAUCUUCCCCAGAGAUAUGCUCAGCUACGACAGUGGAUACUUGGCGUAUGUCUCUAUGUUGUAUGUAGACAACGCCCACAACAAUCCCAGCAUGCGUGUCUUCAUUCAUCUCAUCAACGUAAACAGGAGGUCAAGGUCAAGCACCAAAUCACAGUCACCCACUUCUGGUACCAGUCAGGUACCCUCAUUAUCAGAAUCUGAUGUCUGUCACGGGGGUGCGGCAAUUUGUGAUAUAUCAAAUGUCUCCAUUGAAGAAGACAAAAAACCACGACUAGCCAGGAUCAGAUGGUUUCUGGCCUACACCCUGUUCCACAACCCCCAGCUGAGAGGGUUAAGGAAAAACAAAUUGACAAAAUCUCUGCUGGUGACCAAUGGACUGACCCAGUACCCUGAUACAUCGGCUGCUUCCAGAUAUAACUUACAAGAUCUGGGUGGGGAAAUAUCACAAGACACCAACCUGUCUGCUGUCUAGGGUGGUUAAACGUGUCUGUAGUGUGGAAAUAGUUAAACACUGGUGUGGGAAUAGUUAAACAUGUCUGUAGUGUGGGAAUAGUUAAACACUGGUGUGGGAAUAGUUAAACAUGUCUGUAGUGUGGGAAUAGUUAAACACUGGUGUGGGAAUAGUUAAACAUGUCUGUAGUGUGGGAAUAGUUAAACACUGGUGUGGGAAUAGUUAAACAUGUCUGUAGUGUGGGAAUAGUUAAACACUGGUGUGGGAAUAGUUAAACAUGUCUGUAG